AGCGGGCGAGCAUUGGCAAGGUGCCCGCGCUGCCGCCAGUCCCCGGAGUGCCGGCUCGACUGCCGCCUGCGCCGCGCCGCGCCCAAAACGUUCCCACCCCCAGUGAACCCACGAACCAUAAUCCCAUUACGAUUUUACGCAUGCGACGCCUACGACUAUAUAUCGUUUUUGCACCAUAAAACUACUCCAUUGAGAUAACAAAUUUUCCGCGCUACGAGACGUUUCUGACGCCCAGUUCAGAGCUGCCGAUUUAGGUCGCCCGGUUCGAACAGAGCAGCAAGAUAUUUUUAUGGCCGAUGUGCGGUGCAGACUUACGAGCGUCUUGAUCACGUUGCUAGUUACAUGAAUUAUUAUUAAUAGCGUAGAACCGUAAAACUCAUUCCAUAAACAAUAUCGAGUGAUGUGCUUAAAUCACACUAUACGGCCUUCCUGGACUAGAUUUUGGAUAGGAAGUUACUUGGCGAAAAACAGAUAGGUUUAGAUGUAAUAAUAUUGGCAUUUAGGGGUGAAUCGUUGACAUUUUUGUAUUGCAUUUGCUAGUAGUUUGAUUGUGGUAUUCCAAAAAUGCAUCAUUUAUAUCCGUUGGCGAAGGGUGACCCAUUGUGUCCACUGGGUUUUCACCCGCAAGUGCGAUGGCCAACGCGUUGCAAGCGUUGCUUUCGCGACUACAAGGAGCACGGUGGUCGGAAAAAAGAGGAAGAUUUUGCUGCAUCUACGCCGAGUCUCUCCAGUUGGAACUCACCAUCAUCACGGAGCCGUGAAGAUGAAAAUAGUGCAGUAGAUGAGAAGGUGACACGCGGCUGGGCUUCCAGCUCAAACCUUAGUACCAUUGAUCCAUCCAAGAAAGAUGCCUUCUCCACUGGGUUCAGUAAAGCGAGCACAUCGUGGACGUCGACGCCAGACUUGGGUGCGAACGAAACUGAAACCAGUACUGCAGUUACUUUCAGUCUCAAGUUACCAAAACGAAGAAACACGGGACCCAUACCUUCCAUAGACACGGGUCAGAAUAAUACAGAAACAGUGACAGUGCGUCGACCGUCUCCAUCUCCUCCCCCAUCGACCACAGCUCAGUACACCAUCAACAAAAAUGACUCACUCGCCGAACGAGUGCGAAAGAUGCAACUAAUGAAAGCUCAGAGUAGUUUUGAUAAAGAAUCGAGCGUUGAGAAAGAAAGGGAAAAACGAAGUACGUCGCGAAGUAAAGAAGAAGAAAAGACGAGUCGACAUAAAGAGGAACGAAUUGUCAAAGACGACGUCAAUUUCUUAAUGCAGGUAAAAAGUAGUCGUAACAGUACAAAUUCCAAACCACCGAUGCGUGGCGGCCCGUCGCGUGAGAAGGAAGACGCAUCCGAUGAUGAAGCAAGCACAGGCGGCACCGCCACCACUGACACGGACACGACCCUCAUUGAUCCAAACAUUAAGGAUUAUCAAGACCAAAUUGAAAGUCUCAAUAAAGAAGUCGACCUUCUAAGAAAACGCUGCGAGCGAGUCGAAAAAGAAAAAAGUGAUAUUUUACUACGAAGGUUGGCAAAUAUUGACACAACAAAUAAAUAUUCUACUGGUCGUUCUUCAGAAGUCCUCAAACUACAACAGAAAGUUAAUGAACUUACAACUCAGAAUGAGGAUUUGAAAGACGAAAAAAAACAUCUCUCUUUAAGAAUUAAAGAGAUGGAAGCAGAUAUCGAAUCCCGGCCCUCUGUAGAAGCUCAAACUCGCCAAUUAGAACAAUUAAGAGCGAAAUUAUUAGCAGCAGAAACUCUCUGCGAAGAAUUAAUGGACGAAAAUGAAGAUAUGAAAAAAGAAUUAAGAGACCUUGAGGAAGAAAUAGAAGAAAUGCAAGAUAACUUUAGAGAAGACCAAGCAGACGAAUACUCCUCUUUAAGAAGGGAAUUGGAGCAAACGAUAAAGAACUGUAGAGUUUUAUCGUUUAAAUUAAAAAAGACUGAACGCAGGGCUGAGCAGUUGGAACAGGAGAAAGCUGAUCAGGAAAAAAAGUUAUUAGAAAUAGUAGGAGGAGCAGAGGGUCUUCAGCGCGAGAAUCGUAUUAAGGAACUGGAAAAAGAGGUUGCGCGCUCCAAUGAAGUGGCUUUACGUCUGCAGCGAGAUUUAGCCGAUGCUAACGCAAAGUUAGCUGCCGCUUCCGGCGCGCCACCGGCUAACGUUAAGAAACAAACACCACUUACAGAUGGUAAAGUUUCUCGUUCAUCACUAACGCGAGGUGGUAGCCAAGAGGAUCCUGCACAAUUACUGCGCGAUUUACAAGAUUCACUGGAACGCGAGGCCGACUUAAGAGAACAACUACGCAAUGCUGAGGAAGAGGCUAGUCGAUAUCGACGACGCUUCGGAGGCAAACAAAUACCUCCACCAUCGAAACUUCCAUCGCCAUCAACACCUCAACUUACUUCUAACCUUGCUGCCAAUGAUAGUAGAAAUAAAUCUAUACAACGAAUCCUAGAUAUGCAAUACACCCUAGAAAAUAAAUUAUCUUCAUUAGAUAGCGAAUUAUCCAUAGGCAUUAAUCAAAUAACUCAGUCACCUCAAGAUGUUGCUACUUCCUAUUCGGAAGGCUGUCAAACGGACCCUAUAAUGUAUCAUGAUGUAGCUAAUGAUACUAAGAAAAUUACCCUAGACUCAUGUUUACAAAUACAUAUUUUGACUUCAGACAUGUAUAGUCAAACGAAUAAAACAUUUUUAAAACACAAAAAUAUUCAAACUGAUUGUUUCAAUAUAGAUUGUCAAUCUCAAACGGAUAAGACUAAAAUUAAAAAUGCUUAUACGCAAACAAUUGGAACACUAUUUAACGAUAAAUGCUUUCAAAUAACUAACAGAAAAUUGGAACAAACACAAAAUGAAAGUAUAACAUAUGAUGAUAAAAAUACAUUAACCGAUAUAUUCGGUCUAAUUGAUUGUAAUAAACAAGAUGUUGGUGAUAAGUUAAAUAAAAAUUAUAAAGAUAUCAGAGAAAAAUCCGAGAGUCCUCCGCUUUCUUCCGAUAAAAAUGCAACAUCUUCCAAAAGUAAUAUACAAUUUCCUUUUGCUUUGUUCAAUCCGUUGGCAGCAAGGGUACCUAUUGUAGCAACAGGCCGCAAGCUUUCACCAUCACCACCUGCGAAUAGACUUGCUAUUGAAGCCCCUAAUGAAAAAGACGAAGGUAUAUCAGAUGAAGAGGAUCCAGCAGAACUAAGAAUAUUACUAGAACUUAACGAACAGGAAGCUGCUGUUUUACGUAAAAAGGUGGAAGACUUGGAACAGGACAGAGAAUCUUUAAAAAAGCAAAUAAAAGAACUCACCGACAAAAUUUCUAAAACUAAACCAAAUACCAUUUCUUCUGUAACCUUACGAAGGACUACGCCAAAAAGCAAUUUAGCCGAAGAAAAGGUUAAGGUGCUCGAAGACGAAAUAGCUGAAUUGAGAAAAAAACUCAUCGGAAAGGAAAGAGAUUGUGAAAGAUUGCAUGCAGAACUUAGCCUCACCCAAAAGAAACCUAAAGCAUCACUGAUAAAGAGCAAGUCUUUAGAUGGACCCAAUGAUCAACAAAAUGUAGAUUUAAAACGACAACUUCAAGUUAUAGAGCAAGAAGCAAAUGUUUUAAGAACUAAAACACAAACUCUAGAAGCUGACAAUGAGAAAUUACAGGCUGAAAAUAAAAAACUACAAUUGCUAAAAAAUACAAAAACACUGAAAACAGAUAAAUCCCUUGAACAAAAUACAACUAAAGUAACUCAAUUGGAAAAUGAACUUAAGGAGGCCUUGGCAAAAAUAAAAGAAUUUGAAAGUAAUAAAGAAGAAAAAACGGAAAAGAAAGUUAGAUUUGGCGAAUCUAAAAAAGAAACAGAUGCUCUGAAAGUCAAACAAGACGAACUUGAUAAAUUAAAACUCAACUUUAGCAAGGUUGAAAAAGAAAAAGCUAAAUUACAAGCUACAUUAAAGGAAUUAAGAGAAGACGCUAUAAAAUCAUUCAAACCACGAACGCCGAAAAAGAUAACAGACAUCACAACAAAAUUACAAAUGAAAAGAAUGGUAGAAGAUCUCGAAAACGAAAUUGGAGAAAUGUACGUCAUUAUGAAGAAUGCCGGAUUGUCAUCUAAAGAGGUAGCUGUUAAAAGCCAAAUAGAAAAAGAUGUAGAAAAUAUGAAGUCGAAACUUAGUAAGACUGAAACUCAGUUUACAAACGAAAAAAAUCAAUUGCAAACUGAAAUUUUAAAGCUUAAAGAGUUAAACACUAAACUAGAAACUGAAAAUAAAUCCACUGCAAGCAAGUUUAAAGCUCUAGAAAUAGAUAACAAUAACGCCGUUGCCGAAUGUAAAGCACUCAAGGAAGAGAAAAAAAAUUUAGAAGCCCAAAUCAGUAAACUCAAUUCUGAUAUAAAAAAAAAUAGUUCACAACAAACGGCUAUGUCAGACUGUAUGAAGAAAAUCGAAGAUCUCAAAAAGGAAAUGGAUACAAAAGAUAAAGAAAUUGAUAAAUUGAAAAAACAAGUAGAAAUAAUUAACAAAUUAGAACAAGAUAAAAGUAAACUACUGAAAGAAGUUGGAGAUAAAACUAAAAAGUUAAAUGAACUAGAGAAAAAAUUAAAAGAAGCAGAAGAUAAAUGCAAGAGAACAGAAAAAUUGUUAGCUACACGUAAAGAUCGCGUCACAAAAUUAGAAAAAGAGCUAUCUGAAGAAAAAGAACAAACUGAAGCACUAACGAAUUCAAAAAGGCGUAUUUCCAUUGAUCUUACAACAGAAAAAGAUGAAAUUCAAACUAAACUUUUUAAGACGGAAAGCAAACUAAUUAAUUUAGAAACAGACAUGAAAGAUAUGAAAUCAGAAUACGAAAACAAAUUAACUAGCUUGGAGUCUACCGUAGCUGCAAAAGAUAACCAUAUAAAGCAACUGGAGGAUGCGUUACGGGAGACAUCUACUCAAAAGUAUGAUGAGGCGAUUUCGUCUGUUGAAAUAGCACAACUUAAAGAAAAAUAUGAAAGGGUAAACAAUGAAAUUAAGGAAAAAGAAGAAGAUUUGACAAAUUCAAAGAAUAAACUACGUAAUACUGAAGAGGAACUUUCGACAUUACAAACAGAAGUUAAUUUGCUUAAAUCUAACCUAAACAAAUUUGAAAGUGAGAAGAAUGACUUCGAAAGUAAAUUAAAAGCAGAGAAAAAGGAGUCGACGUAUUGGGAACAUAAAGCGUCUGAACUUGAUACGGAUUUACAGGCUGAAAGAAAAAAACUCGAGCGUAUGCGUAAUAAUCAUGACAAAGACAUUAAAAAUAAAGAAGCUGAAUUGUCAACACUUAAAGGCAAAUUAAAAAUUUUAGAGCAAACUACUGGAGCUGGUGCGAAAAGAAUGUCAGAAUUGAAACAAGAUUACGAGGAAAAAGUUAAAAAAUUAGAACAUUUACUAGCUGUUGAAAAAGCAGAAUACGAAGAAUUAACGGGUAAAUACGAAUUAUUAGAAGAAGAGCAUGUUGUAACAAAAGCUCGGCUUACUGUUGACAAGGAAAAAGCACAAAGUGAACUUUUAUUAGCACAAAAAGAAUUGAAUUCAACGAUGACUGAAAUAAAAACAUUACAAGAUAACUACGACAGCCAGUUAUCCAUUUGGAAUAAAGAAAAGUCCGAGAUGCAGAAAGAAAUAUCAUCACUUCAAGAUCGUUUGUGUGGUGGCGGUUGGGAAGUGGAACGUGCGAGGCUCACAGCUCGCCUCGAGCAACAUGAAAAGGAACUUCGCACCGCCAAAGACGCCCACGAUGUGCUCACGCAUCAUCACGAUGUAAUCAAGAAAGAAUUGGAAGAAGCUCGGAAGAAACUCGAAGAUUACGAGAAGAUUUCAAAUGUUCAGAGAACUUUGAAGUCCGAUAACGCUGAAUUAGAACGUGAAUUAUCAUCGCUUAAUACCCGUCUCGAACAAGCUGACAAGGCAAGGAAAAAUGAAGUUGCAGAAAUUAAAUCACGAUACGAAGCACAAAUGAAUACGAUGAGGGAUGAGCUCAAAUCAUUACAUAAUCAAGUAUCAAGAUUUAGACGUGAGCGCGAUAACUACAAACAAAUGUUAGAUACAGCCCAAAAAUCAGUUAGUGACAUGAAAAAUGGCGACAAGAGAGCCAAACGUAAUUCAAUAUCGAGCACCGAUGAGGAAGAAUACCGAAAUAAGGUUGCUGUGCUGGAACAACAGCUAACGUGUACAGAGGACGAGUUGUGCGAGGCGCGUUUAUUAGCCUCAAAGCUCAACACCGAACUCAUAAGCGAGCGCUCCUCCGCGGAAGUGCGUUUCGCUGAGAUGCAAUCGCGAUUAAAUGAAUAUGAAGAAGAAAGACUGUUAUCAUCUGGUCGAGCGCGCGUGGCAGGACUGGCGACGCGUAUGGAGCUGGCGUGGCACAAGGAACGCGACGAGCAGCAACGAUUACUGCACGAAACAUCCACAUUGGCAAGGGACCUACGACAGACGCUAUUCGAGCUUGAACGUGAAAGAGACAAAGAGAGAUUGGAUAUGAAGAGAAGAAUAGAACAAUUAAAGAGAACUACGGAGGAAGAGACAGAAGAGGCAAAGAAAAAGGUCACAGAGUUGCAAUGCGACUUACUGGAACUACGCGACGCGCACGCAAAGCUGCGAACGGCCAACGAAAAACUUCGGCGCGACAAGGAGCGACACGACCGCGACCGCGAUCAAAACAAGUUACUCGUUGCUUCGCUUAAACGUACGCAGCAGGAAGAUGACCGAGUUAUUACUCAACUACUGGAAACUAUCGAUGACCUGAUGAAACAAAGCCCAGACUUAUUCCGAAGUGAGCCUGCCGUUAAACCAGAGAAGAGUUUAAUGACGCCAACGCCUCCAAGAAGAAACAGAUCUUCCAAAUCGCGGUCCCGGUCCGGGACGCCGGACAACGGCGAGGCGCGCGCCGCGCACGAGGCCGCGAGCACGGCCGCGCGCCUGCGCCGCCUCACGGACGAGCUGCGCGCCUCGCGCAUCGCGGAGCGGCAACGCCGCCACCAGGCCAGCGCUAGACGUGCGAUGUCGACGGAACCACGUGACACACUAUCGGUUACACCGGUCUCUCGGACACCGUCACGCGCGCCUUCGCUGAAGAAACGAUCCAUAUCACUAGAACAAACUACCAAAGAACAGAGUGCUAUUUGGAAAACUGUAGACGACAAUAGCGUAUCGUCGUUGCAGUCUCUAGAUGGUGAUUCAGACAUGCGACUGUUCACUAUGCAACGUGAUGCGAGUCUCGACAGCCGGUUAUCAGGAGGAUCGGUCCAAAGUGAAGUUUUACCUUCCGACAAAAAGAAGAAAAAGAAGGGUCUAUUUGGUAAACUAAAAGAGUUCACUAAGUCACGUUCCAUUGAUGACCACGUCGGUGGAGACGAUUUCCGACCCAUAGGAACAGUAUCACAGGGUUCAGACUCUGACAUGAGCGCAACCGGCAGCAGGCGAGAUCUACGAGGAAGACUUUCUGAUAUGUUCAGUAGAAAAGGACAACUAGCCAAGGGAAAUAGCAAAGACCAGAGUCCAGACAGACCAGGUAGCGCAACCGGCAGCACUACCGGUAGCACCACUGGCAGCACAACUGGUAUCUCGGCUGCCACGAAACCUAUUCUGCGCAACGCCAGCGCUAACACUUUGUCGCGCACUACUGUCAAGCCGAGUGAAUCUCUCGCCGCUAGAGCUUCGAGUGCCACCCCCGGGGUGAAGAGGAAAGGAAAAUAAUUGAAGAAUUGAUUUAAUCGCUGUUUUAUUGUAUUCAUCCAAUCUCCUACGAAUAUUCCACAUAGCUUGUAAUAAUAUCACAAUACAUAUCAGAUAGAACUAUCGAAGAAAAACAUCUAAUAAAGACUAUGUUCCUUCU